AUGCUUCAAGUUACUCCUCCUCCAUCUUCUUCUGCAAUUCAAAAGCAACAGCAGAAGCAACAGCAGCAGAAACCUGCAGCUCUUGCAGUCAAGCGUUCAACUCCAGGAUCUGCAGCUCCUAUUGCUGUUACUAAAAAACAUCCUCAACAUAACCCGGCUACUACAAAGGCCACUGCUGCUCUCAAGGCUGCUCUUCAAGCCCAUCAGAAGCUCAUGCAACAGCAAAAUAGCCAUCACCAUCAUCACCAUCAUCAUCAUCAUCUCCAUCUCCAUCACAAUAAUAACAGUAACAACAAUAACAACAAUAACAACAUUUCUUCAAUCAAAACUUCUAACCCUAAUGUUGCUAAUGUUGUUGCUUCUGCUACUACUUCUUCUUCUAUUCAAGGUGCCAAUCAGUUGACUUCUUCUACUAAUACUACUACCGCUGCUGCUGCUAUUUCUAUUCCUCCUCCAUCUUCAACAAUUAGCCUUAACGGUACUCAGCACCACGUGGCUAUCUCUCAGCAGGCCCCUGCAGCUGUCAUGGCUAGUAGACUCAACUCUUUGGCUCAAUCUCGUACCAUCCACAGAAAACCAACUACUUUGUCUCAUUCUUCCCCAUCUUCUUUACCUCAUUCUUCUUCUAUCCAACCCCCUCUUGCUGUGUCUUCUACUACUACUACUACUACUACUACCACUACUUCUUCUUCUCCUUCUCCACAAUUGGCCGCAAAGACCCUUUCUAAAACAGUCUCGGCAAAACUCCCAGUAGUGGCUUGUGCAACAGCUACUUCUCUCCCUAAGACAAAGUACGUUCCAAUUCGUCCUCUUUAUCGCCCACUUUUGCCUAAACCCUCUACUGUGAGUAACUCUACCAGCAACAUGAACAUCAACAACAACAACAACAACAACAAACCCAUUCCCAACAAUUGCUCAAUUCAAUCCAAUGGAUCCGUCCCUAAACCCAUUGCCGUAACACUUGCAAGUGCAGUUGCAGCUGUUGCCAAUGCCGCUGUCCAUGCUCAUGCCAAUGCUCAUGCCAAUGCCGGUUCGCUCCGACCCUCUCCGGAAUCGGCUGCUGCAACUUCCAAAUUGGGACUGAUGUCACCAGCCUUGAAAAGUUCCGUUAUGGCGCGCGGCGUUACACCUUUGGCUAAGCAGCAGCAACAACCACAACAACAACAACGCCAACAACAACGCCAACAGCAGCAGCCUUGCAAGCAAAAUUUGAAACUUUCACAAGUGACAAAACAAACAACAACACCAGCACCAGCUCUUGCACAGACAGCACCAAAACAAGCAGCGAUUUCUCUUAAUGGCUCAGUUCUGGUAACAAAAGCCUCUAGCGCAGUCCAACAAAAGCGCCCAGUAGUUGUUGCUGCUCCUGUUACUACUGCUACUUCCACAGCUCGUCCUCCUGCUGUUGUUGCGAUUUCUGCGGCUCCUCGAUCUCGUAAACCAUCAUCGUCUUCUAUGAGUUCAUCUUUGAAACAACAAAAACAACAACAACAACAACUAUCCAAUCUUUCUACCCUUGUCAAGAAUAUGAAAAAACCCCUUAUGAUUAAUGAACCUAAUGCCAACAAACUAAAACAACAACCAACAAUCUCCUCAACAGAGACCACGACUGCUACGACCAAAUUGAUGACUACUCCCGUAAUGACUUCCUCACCUCUUAUGACGCCCAUGACUUCUUCUUCUUCUACUUCUUCUUCUUCUUCUUCUUCUUCUUCUACUACUACUUCUUCUUCUUCUUCUUCUUCUUCUUCUUCUUCUUCUUCUUCUUCUUCCCCUACUUCUUCUUCUAAUCUUAAACCAGUCAAACCCAAAAAGUCCCGAAAAGUUCCCUCCCAUCCCUCCUCCUCUGCCACAAACAUCCCUCCAACCACCAUCCCCAUUGCAAUUUCCCCGGCAAACCUUGUUUCCAAAGAAAAGCACCUCCACCCCAUUGUGCCCGCCACUGCCCGCGUCGGUGGUGCUGGCGCCGCCUCGCGAAAACGAUCCUCUAUCCAUCCUACCUCUUCCUCUCUUGCAAAUAAGAAAAAGACAGAGGCCGUGCUUGCCUCCAUUGCGUCCAAGGACCCAGCCACAUUGCCUCUCAUUGUUCCCAAGAAGACUACCGCUAAGUCUUCAAAGCCUACAAAGUCUACAAAGCCUGCAAAGUCUACCAAACCUACAAAGCCUAUUACUACUGCUACUGCUACUACUACUACUAAUAAUAAUAAUAAGGCUGCUUCUUCUUCCUCAAAGCUCACCGUUAAGCCCACUGUUAAGCCCACUGUUAAGCCCAUUGCAAAGUCUACAGCUAAGCCUGCAGCGAAACCCAUAAUGCCUUUGCCUACUAUUAACACCACUACUAACUCUUACUUUGCCGAUCUGCCUACUCCUCCAUCUUCAGUUUCGUCGUCCAAGUCCUCUCCACUUGCUUCUUCAUCCCCAUCGCCUCCCCUUUCAGCGGCAAUCCAUUCUUCGGAUCUAUUAAGCAUGGCGCCGACCGACGACGACUUGACUUUUGGUCUUUUUAGCUCAGACAUAUUUUCCUCACUUAGUUUGUCUCUCGAUGCGCCGUCACAGCCGCAGCCGCAGCAGCCGCAGCAGCACCAGCUGCAGUCCCAAACACUGCAGGAAAUUUCCUCAUCGGAACUAGCGGCAUCAUCGUCUACUGGCACAGCAAGUGUGUUAGCCGCACUGCCCACACCCUUAUCCUCGCUAACGUCUUUCCGUCUCCAGGACUUUAACAUCAAUAUGGAUGAUGAUGAGGAUGAUGAUGAUGACGAGGAAAUCGAUGCAAACGUUCUUCGUGAUGUGGAGGCCCUCACCCAGGCCAUUGACCUUGAUUCACCGGUCUCACUCUACUCUCCCACUCUUGAUGAGUCAACUCUUGUUGCUGCAGCUGCUGCCGUUGCUGCAGCUGCUAACACCACUAGCCAGGAACCCAGCGAGCUGUGCUCUAUUUGGCUUCAAGAAGAGUCUUCUGCUUCUACAAACUCUACAUGUGCUGAUGAACCUCUUGAUUUUUUUACUCGUCAUGAUUCAUCUGUUUCUACAACCACCACUUGCUUUGAAGUGCCUGCUUUAAAUAGUAGUAGCAGUAAUAAUGGCAGCAUGAACAACAGCGGAUGUGAAGAAGAUGAUGAUCGAUCUCGGGCAUCUAGUGUGGUGACUAUGUUUCCUGGUGACGACGAUUGUGGUUCAUGUGCUAAAGUGGCUGGCCUUGAUUUGGACUUUAACUUUGAUUUUUUCGAUCUUAAAGAUUCAUCGUCAGUUGUGAUGCCUAUUACUGAGGAUAGUAUAGUAAACUCUAAUAAUAAGAGUUUGACAGCAGCAGCAGUUACGAUGCCUAUCCGGAAAUGUUCUUCUGUAAUGGAUGAUUUGGGUCUUGAUUUUGAUUCAAUUCCACAAGAUGUUGAUGAAGCACUUGUGGGGUCUACUGCAGACUUUGUUUUUGAUUCAUUGAAUGCCUUUUUCUAA